UUAAUUGGACUCAAUACCUUCAGUGGGCGCGCCGUGCGUGUAGUCCACUUCAGUCAACCUUAACUACCUCCACACUUCAGUAAUGGGCCUUCAGCCAAACCGUUCACAUUGUAGUUUUACAGCUUAGGUCCAAAGAGCCGCGCUGUCAAGUAUAGACAGAACAGCGCGUAAAAACGCCGACAACUAUAUAUGGCUAGAGGAAGGGCAUAUCAGUGCGAGGAAUGUUGUCCUGGCGGACUGACUUGGAUUCUAAGAUAGCAGACGGUAGGAGCUUUCUCACGAGGAACUGUUGUUACAGGGGAGACGUGAAGACUGUAGAAUGGAUCUGACGAGAAGGGAAAGCGCUGUAGAACAGCCUCUGCCGUCCUUAGACGAGGAACACGAGCACGAUUCGGACGGAGAAGGGCCGGAGAGUGUGGACUCCAGAAGGGAGGAGGAGACAGGAGGUGUACCGGCACGUGUGUGGACAUUCCUGCGGGAGUUCAGCGUGAGAGACUGGCUCAGGAAUGCCAAGGACGCGGCGCUGGACUUACGGCAGUACGUGUUGGACGUGCCCGAAACUAUCAAAGGUUCGCUGUGGUCUCAGGCGGCGCCCACGGAGAAGUCGGUUAUCGACGAGUCCAGACAGCUCAUACGGGACUACAUCAACGGCAGGCUGAAGAAAUCCAACCUCACCCGCGGCAGACUGCCGGAUGCCAAACGCAGACCGACAGAGGUGUCCUCCCAGCUCCAGAAGAUGGGAGGAGAGUUAGAGAGGAUGUACCCUCACCUGUACCGGGACGUGUCCAGACAGAUCAACAUCACACUGUCGUCUGAGUCCAUCCUAGAGACCAGCUUUGAGACGGUUGCUAACGAACUGUUCAGUACGGGGAUCACGUGGGCGCGGAUCGUGGCGAUGUUUGCGGUAGCGGGUGCCUUCGCGGUGGACUGUGUUCACCAGGGACAUCCCAUGUUCACACGCCGGCUCGUGGACGUCGUGGUGGACUUCACCGACAGAAAACUGUCCGCGUGGCUCGUACAGGAAGGAGGAUGGUACGGACUAGUAAAGCACUUCAGAGGAGACGGAAGGACGCACAUGUUCUGGGCCAUCAGCGGGAUCGGCGCAGCCAUUGGUCUAGCUGCUACAUUCUUUGUCAUUGACCCUUGACCUCAAUUUGCGUGGUUACCAUGACCAUGAGAGCCAUAGCAAUUUUAAUUUAAUUAAAAAGUAGCGUCUAAAGCCAAAGAGCUGUGCUGUCUUAAAAUUCUGUGCGUUGAGCGGAUUCCUCGUGAAAUUGCCUCACCUACAUCUUUUAAAAACGUUCUGUAAUGAUUUUGAUGUGCAAAACAUUUUCCAACAGUGUUAACAUGUUGGGUGUGAUAGCAUUAACGUUACAUAUUCAUAUUCCUUUUUUAUCUUGAAUACCUGCCUCAAUAUCCGCAAUCUGUGGAUGUAUAUGUUUGUAUUGUUUAUUGUGUUAUAAUGAUAAACUACUUGAUAAUGCCGGUACCUAUGCAGAGCCAUUAAAGCCUACCACUUAUCAGUUUAA